AAGCCCGCGAACAAGUCAAAACCUCCAAUCUCAUCCCAUUCCAUCUCUAUAUAACAUGAACAUAGCUUCAACCAUCCUCCUUUUCAACCUAUAUCUAGUUUAUAUUCUAUUCUUUCCCAUAAAAUUUCUCAAACGAACAUUUCAAAUAUUAUUUGAAUCGAUUUCGAGGUCUCUAGGAUCAGAUACUAAUCCAAGAGGCCUCCCAGCUUUCCCAUGGCUGCUGUGUCGUCGGAAACCGCACUGUUCCAAAAAUAUGAGCUGGGCCGCCUCCUCGGCUGCGGCGCCUUCGCCAAAGUGUACCUGGCGAGAGACGUGGCGACCGGGCAAGAAGUGGCCAUCAAGGUGAUCCACAAGAGCAGGCUCAGAAACGACGCCAAUCUCAUCGCCAACAUCAAGCGCGAGAUCUCCAUCAUGAGCAAGCUCCGCCACCCCCACACCGUCCGCCUCUACGAGGUCCUCGCCACCCGCAACAUCAUCUACAUCGUCCUCGAGUACGUCAAGGGCGGCGAGCUCUUCGCCAAGGUCGCUAAAGGCCGCCUCACCGAGGCUCUCUGCAGGAAAUACUUCCAGCAACUUGUUGGCGUCGUCAGCCACUGCCACUCCCGCGGGAUCUACCACCGCGAUCUCAAGCCCGAGAAUCUCCUCCUCGACGAGGAUGAGAAUCUGAAGGUGUCCGAUUUCGGCCUCAGCGCGAUCCGCGACCAGGUCCACUCCGACGGGCUCCUCCACACGCUCUGCGGUACCCCGGCCUACGUCGCGCCGGAGAUUCUCGCCAAGCGAGGCUACGAUGGCGCGAAAAUCGACAUCUGGUCGUGCGGCGUGAUUCUGUUCGUGCUGGCCGCCGGUUAUCUGCCGUUCAACGAUCCCAACUUGAUGAAUAUGUACCGGAAGAUCUACAAGGGGGAAUUCCGGUGCCCUAAGUGGAUGUCGCCGGGGCUCAAGCGCCUCCUCUCGCGCCUCCUGGACACGAACCCGAACACGAGGAUCACGAUGGAAGAGAUCAAGCGCGAUCCGUGGUUCGCCAAGGGCUACAAAAACACCAAGGUUCGGGAGAGCGACUGCUUCGCGUUUGCUGCAGCGGAGCAGGAGAAGAGGCCGGUGGAUAUGAACGCGUUCGACAUAAUCUCCAUGUCGUCGGGGCUGGAUCUCUCCGGAUUGUUCCAGGAGAAGCAUGUGUCGUUCGAGGACGUGGAGCGGGUGACGGUGGAGGAGUCGCCGAAGAAGGUGAUGGAGAAGGUGGUGGAGGCGGCGAAGGCGGAGGGGAGGGUGAAUCUGAGGCAGAAGAAGGAGUGGGGGGUGGAGAUAGAGGGGCAUAAUGGUAAUGUGUUGGUGGGGAUGGAGGUGUAUCGGUUGAGCGAGAGGUAUGUUGUUGUGGAGGUGAAGACGAAGAACGGUGAAUCCAGGUUGUGGAAUGACAAAAUUAGGCCGAUGCUUAUGCAGGACACGGCCGUCGCUUGUUAGGGGAUAUUUGCUAAUGUAAAGGUAGGAAAGGGUGAAACAAAUUCCCCUGAUCGACUGUGUCUACGACUACUACUAUUACUAUUUUACUGCAGCUGCUUAAUCGCGUCCGCCGCCGAUCGCCACCGGACUGUCAACGUAGUCCUAACCAUCGGCUGUCGAGAUGCGUUUGCUUAGAAAAAGGUUGAUUUACUAUGAAAAUAUUGUGUAAAUUUCUGUCCGAUGUAAUAUUUUACAUUGUCGACGUAAUAUGUAUGUACAUACAUUAUAAUUUUAAUACUCCUAUAUUUAUAA